GUUUAAGUCAAAGUAAACUAAUGAUCAGUCAUUCAAACAAUAUAAAAUUGCCAAGAAUUGGACUAUUGGAGUGGUCUUUUCUGUGGAAGAAUCCUUGAAAAUGGCGUCGUCAGAGAUCAAUUUAGUAAUGACAGCGAUUGCGUUUGGUAUAAGUUCCAUGUUCAUAGUUUAUGUUUGCGCCAGGCUUAUCUGUGCUAGGAUUCUUCUAUACUACAAUCCCUCUGAUCAUACCAUUAUAGAGCGCGGCGGUAAUGGUCUUGAUCCUUUUGUCAUAAACAGCUUUCCAAGGAAGAAAUACAGUGAUGCCUGUUUCACCUCCAUACAAGAUGCUCAAUGUACAAUUUGCCUAGAGGAUUACCAAAGCGAAGAUAACUUAUGCAUAUUGCCAUCAUGUGCACAUUAUUUCCACACAGCGUGUAUAGAUUUAUGGUUUCGACAAAACUCUACAUGCCCAGUUUGUCGAAUUUCUCUGCAGCAGCUUCCCGGGAAAAGGCCUUUCACGCAGCCAUUUUCCAGUUCAGUUGUACGGUCACCACGCCAUGUAUGCUCCAUGUUUACCUCAUCAAGAACACACAAUAAUGAACAAACUAUAGUGAUGGAUGGAGGAGUGUCAUCAGUGUGAGAGUACGUACAUACUAGUACUCUUGAUGUGCGGGGGUGAAGAGAGAUGUAGCCGCUGCUGAAACCAUAGGGUUAGGAUGUGGUGGCCUUGUGCCUUUUUCUCUGCUUAUCCGUCUCAACCAGCUUCAAGGGACGAAAGAGCAUCACACCAAACGCCUUCCUUUGCUUUCAGCAUUUUAGAGUUGUUUCUCACAGUUUCAAGGUCGGAGGGGAUUACUCUUCCAAGUAUCGAGCUUAUACCCAAGUGAAAAAGUGGAUGUGCACUUGUAUGAGUGGUGUUUUAUUCCCUAGAAUUGCUAUGGUUCUUCUUUUGUCAAUUUUGAUAGUCAUUAUAUGGGUAAUUUCCUCCUAAAAUAAAUGAUGCAAGAUCUUCAAGAGUGUUAUGCUAUUGUUCAAUUGCUAUUUAUGUU